AUGAGAUCCUUCAUGAUAUUACCUUCGCCAUUGUCGCUUUUCACGACAUGGUUCGUACUUCAAGCCGCUGCCGCCCCAGCGGCAGGCUCAAACUCAAAGGUCCUGACUCCUCAAGAUUUUAAGCAAACCAUCGCAGAUGGAGUUUGGUUUAUCGAACAUUUCUCCCCAUAUUGCCGUCAUUGUCGCAACUUUGAACCAACAUGGAACCGCGUCGCAGACGAAUUUGAGAAGAAAACCAAUCCAGGGAUGAAUCUGGCACAGGUGAAUUGCGCGUUGAAUGGAGACUUGUGCACCGAGAAUGGUGUUACCGGAUACCCUCAAAUGAACCUCUACCGGAACGGGCAGUUUGUAGAGACCUUCAACGGCGAUCGCGACUUCGAUAUCCUUGUAGACUUCCUUCUUGCACGUGCUGAACCUACCGCAGAUUACUUGUCAUCAUCUACUACGAUUGAGCAAGAGGAAAUGGCAGCUGAGGUCGCUCCAGUAGAUGAGACUUCAGUGAUUCAGACGACACGGGUGGAAUCCAACCCUUCAGGAGAGGUGAUAUCCUUGACUAGCGAGACAUUCGACAGCUUCGUGGCACGGGGGCCUGCAUUCGUCAAGUUCUUUGCGCCGUGGUGUGGACACUGCAAGAAACUCGCCCCAACAUGGAUACAGCUUGCUCGUCGCAUGCAGCACAAGCUCAAUAUUGCGGAAGUCAAUUGUGAUGAGUAUAAGUCGCUAUGCUCGAAGCAAGGGGUCACAGGCUACCCUAUGCUGUUCUACUAUUCUCAUGGUGCAACGACAGAGUACACAGGAAGUAGAACAUAUGAGCCACUGGUGGCUUUCGCUGACAAGGCAGCAUCUCCGACCAUGCAACAAAUAAGUGCUCAUGAUCUUGACAAGGUUGUUGAUGAAAAUCCUGUUGCGUAUGUCCUCCUACUUGCUUCAUCAAAUGAACAUGUUGUUAGUGAGGUCGCUAAGGGCUCUCAAUUGCUCCUUGGAUCACCCCCAAUAUUUGUGUCAUCCUCAAAAGAGCUUUUCACGCGCUAUGACAUUCAAACGUCAGCGUCCUGGGUUAUCAUGGCCUUCAAAGACAAUGACCCAAGGGAACCCACCACGAUAUUUGACCCAUCUAACUCACAGUCUCCUGACACACUUAGCACUUGGCUCUUUGCCAACCGCCUCCCAACCUCCCUCGAGCUCUCACGCGACGUGUUCCAACAAGUGAUGAAUGCUCCACACAACCCACUCGUUGUGAUCGCUGCAACCCCUAAAGACGUCCAAAAUGAUGUCUCAUCGAAGUUGAACGAUAUCGCAAAGAAGUGGCGCCUGCGCAAGAACUAUAUUGGGAGACAAGAUGUAGUAUUCACGUGGAUGGACGCUGACCAGUGGGGAACCUGGAUGAAGAGUAUGUAUGGUGUGAAGGUCAAGGAUCAGCCGAAGGUGGUGGUUGCUGAUCAUAAUCGCCUGUUAUACUGGGAUAAGGAUGCCACCGGGCAGCCCAUUCAGCUAAAUGCGCUCAGUGUAUUCUCUGCUAUCGAAGGAGUUUACGGCAAUAACAUACGUUCCAAACAUUCUGAAAAUAUUCUGGAGCGCGCCAUUCGGGUCUUCAACUCAAGUCUCACAAACACUGAGGGCUUCAUCAUUACCCAUCCAUACAUGGCCGUCCUGCUGAUUCUUGGAUUUUUGGCAGCAGUCAUUAUGGCGAUCAAGAGACUUUUGGACGAUGAUGCAGAUACUCACCCUGGGCAUAGAUACAUCAAGGGCGGUCGUCUGGAUUGAUUUAUGAAUACGUUUCUCAAACUCAAACGUGAAUUUACCAGGAGGGGAGACAGCGUGAUCGUUGGUAAGCCUCUCGAAGCACCCAUAUUUGGAUUAUCUCUUCGUCAACCCAUAAGUUACGACAUUAAGUACAUGCAUAUCACUUCCAGAUUGCACAGCACCAAGUCAAGUAGUUGACGACAUGCGCCCCGGCUGAUUCCUUCAGGAUCAUCAUCAGAUGAUCAAGGGCAAAUUAAAGGCAAACCCUGGCAAACCUCGUCGAUCGAUACAGCCUGACACCUUAUAGUAAUGGGGGAAUACUGCUGCACACUUAUGCACACAUGACAGGUGG